UCAUCGUUUUUAACGACAGCCGACGCCAGCGACGCGGUCGCCGCGGUGCCGAAUCGAAACUCCGACAUCGAUUUACGGAAGCAGUGUGAGCAGACGGUCCACUAACACGAACGAAUAUAAAAUAAAGUUAAUGCGUUAUGUCUGUGGUGUUGGUGCUUUAAGAGGAGGAGAACAUUAUUUUAUGUGUCCGUUAGCAAUAUUAUGCCGUGAGUGUGCUUAGUGUAAGUUAAUUUACAUUGCUACGCUAUAGUGAAGUGAUCUUGUGCCGUGACAAAAUUCGAAUUAUCAUCUCUUGGAAGCGAUACCGAUAAUAAAACAAGAUGGCGGAUACGGAUACAGAGACGCUUCCCAACGGAAACGCGACCCUUAGCGCCGAGGAGGAGGAGAGGCUGCGGCAGCGACCGGCUGACAUCGAUGCGGACGUCCGUGAGAUGGAGCGCAGGAAGCGAGUGGAGGCGAUCAUGUCGUCCAAGAUGUUCCGCGAGGAGCUGGAGCGAGUGCUGGACCAGCAGGCCAACGAGGGGAACGACGCCCCGCUGCUGCAGAGGAUCCGCGAGAUGGUGGGCGGCAGGCUGGGCGCGGGCAGCAUGAGGGGUCCGAGUUGUAUGUUGCCGAUCAACGACAUCCGCGGCAUCGAGGGUGUGGGCUACGAGAAGGGGGAGAAGAUACUCCGCUGUAAGCUGGCCUCCGUGUACCGGCUGGUGGACCUGUUCGGCUGGACCCAGAGUGGUAUCUCCGGCCAGAUCACCGCCCGCCUGAACACAGCCGUGGAGCAGGUGUUGACGACGCCGCGCGGUCUGCUGCCUCACGAGGUGACGGCCAGCUCUCUCGUGAAGCUGGACAUGCAGGGCGCGGUUCAGGACCAGGGGACGACCAACUUCCCCGUCAACGUUGAGGGUUUCUCCCUGCACGCGUCGGUGCACGCCGCGCGGCCCGACCUGCGCUGUGUGCUGCACGUCCGGUCCGCAGCGGCCCUGGCCGUGUCCGCCAGCAAGCGACGCCUCAUGCCGCUCUGCGGCGAAGCGGCGCUGCUAGGAGACGUCGCCUAUCACGCCGUGCCCGGAGGUGUUCUGGACAACGCCGAACGCGAUAAGCUGGUCCGUGCCCUGGGACCUCACUCCAAGGUGUUGGUGCUGGCCGGUGGAGGAGCUCUCUGCUGCGGGGAGACCCUGGAAGAAGCCUUCUAUCACGCCCGCAUGUUAACAGCGGCCUGCGACGUCCAGCUUAGACUGGUCUCCAUUCCCCAGGACGACCUGCUGCUGAUAGACGAGGACACCAGGAGACAGAUGUACGAGGCGUCCCGCAAGCCGCCGUCCGACUCCUCCAAGUGGCGCAUCGGGGGCGAGGAGUUCGAGGCGCUGAUGAGGAUGAUGGACAACGCCGGCUACAGGACCGGCCACGUCUACAGACACCCGCUCAUCAAGAACGACGUGCCCAAGCCGAAGAGCGAUGUAGAGGUGCCGCCAGCUGUGUCCUCGCUGGGAUACCUGCUGGAGGAAGAGGAGCUGUACAAGCAGGGAUUGUGGAAGAAGGGCGGUAAAUCCGGCGAGCGCACGCGCUGGUUGAACUCGCCGAAUGUUUAUCAGAAGGUGGAGCUCCUGGAGACGGGCACCUCGGACCCGAAACGAAUCACCAAGUGGGUGGGUGCUCGCGACGACGAGUGGGUCCAAGACGGGUCGCCGGCACACUCGACGCCGGUCAAGAUCGACACUCUACAAUUCGUGCCCAAAAAUACCAAUCCCAAGGAGUUCAAACAGCUUCAGCAGCAGAUAAAAGAGAAUCGCCGCGCGGACAAGAUCAGCGCCGGGCCGCAGUCGCACAUACUGGAGGGGGUGGCCAGGGACGAGGCGCGCCUGCUGCCCGAGGACGCGGCCGGCACGCACACCGGCGACCAUGUGAUCUUGAUGGGAGCGGCGUCGAAGGGCAUCAUACAGCGAGGAUAUCAGCACAACGCGACCAUGUACAGCGCGCCCUACGCCAGGAACCCCUUCGACCAUGUCACGGACACCGACAUAGACGAGUACAAGCGGGUGGUGGAGAGGAAACAGCGCGGCCAGGAGUACGACACGGACAUAUCAGAGUCGGAGGCUCUCAGCGCGCCGCAGCGCUCCGCCCCCGACACCGAGGACGAGUCGCGAGAAGAACAACGCGUGCUGAGAAUAGAGACGAAGCAGGUCCCCGUGAUGAGCCAGCCGGAGGUUGUGCUGAGUGAUGACCCGUCAGAUUUCUUGAAUGCCGAACGCGACCACGCCGAUCGGACCAGAGGUUCAAGGGAUAUCAGAACGCACGAGGCCCUAUCAUCUCACAAGCGCUCCCUGCACAAAUACUCCCGGGCUCCCGGCUUUGACUGCACCGUACAGAAAUAUAACACAAUACCCAAGUGUAAAACCAGCCUUCACCAUAAACUAGCCAUGUCCAAUUACGUGUCGUGUAAUACUGACAGCGUGGGCAGUCGGUCCAGUCUGAUAUCGAUACCGUCGAUCGAUUUAGAUCGAUGUAAAAUCGAUUCCUCAUCUCGGAAUCGCUCCACAUCGAAAUGCAGUAACUUGUAUCGGACGAAUUCACACAGCGGCUUCAUUAAUUCGUAUAUAAGAGACCCGGAACCGACUCAUUAUCAUUUGCCCAAGUGUUAUUCUUGUGGGAGCAUUGCCUACUCUUAUCCGAGGUAUUCGGAUGACGCUGUGAGGUAUUUCUCGUGUGAUAACAUAGCUGGUAAAGCUUCAAAUGAUAAAGAUGACAGACCUUUAAAGGUCAAAGUUAAAGAAGACACAGUACCCGUGUUCAAAGUGACGAACCAGGAGUUCGUUGAUAGUCAGGAAUUUAACGAGGAUAAUUAUUUAGGUGACAUCGGACACAGCUUCUCGUCAGGGAAUCGGACGGUUGUUGAGGAAAUGACGCAUGCCAGUAGAAUGGAAACCAACUUAGACGAGUUUAAGAAUGACGCGAAGGAAAAAGAUAGAGAUGAUAUAUAUCGAGCCGUGUACGUUAAAGUAGACGAGGAGGCUGGUUCAGCUGAAGGAGAAUAUCACAGUUUUAUAGACGAUAUGGACUUUGAAGAGGCCGUGUACGACAGUCCGGUGAAAGCUCUCGUUGACAAAGACAUUAGAGACUAUUCAGUGCCGAUAGACUUCUACUGUGAGGACUAUAAUAGAAACGAGACGAGGAAACAGUCGCCGAUGAAGGUGAUAGAACACGCGGUGCAGACUGUCUUAGAGCCGAUCCUAGAGGAGUCUAAGAGCUCGUCGGACUCGUGCAGCGACAGCAACAAGACUGUCAUAUAUAACGAAAACGUCUUCAGAGAACGCGUUGAGGAAAAUCCAAAUGGAAGAAAUGACGGGAGAGUUUCGGGAAACGAAUUUGAAAGAGAAAAUUUAGCGCAACCCGAAAGUUAUGUUACAACUAGUGAAAAUGAUGACACAAACAAAAAAACGCGAAACUUUGAGGAAGAAAGCAAGGGAGAGAAGAGAACCAGCUCCCUGAGCGGCGGAAGUUCCAUGACCGUGCCUAGCCUAGAUUCAACGGUGGAGUUUGAAAAAUACGAAGUAAUAGCUGAAGUGAUCAGCGUGAUAUUGAAAAGAUUUGAAGUUCAGGUCCAAGAGGAACACAACAAACAAACCAACGACCAAACUCGCGUUGACUUACGAUCAGGUGACGAUAACGACGAAGACGAUAAAGAUGCCUUCUCUAUCACGGAAAUGGUUCUGGAUUAUGAGAAGAAUUUAAGCUACAACAACACAGAGCUGAGCGAGAGCAGCGAGACCGAGGCGAGUUACCCACAGAGAAUCGUUGAAGCUGUGGUCUACUUCAUAUUCGACAGGGCCGUCUACUGUUGUGACAGAAAAAAUAAGAAGAGAGGUAACACGAAGAGGGUUGUCACCGUGGUGGACUGCGAGGACAUCAUAUAUACGACUUCUGAUAAGAUACUCCUCUUAAAUGAUACUUCUAUCACGGAUGUACUGAAAGAAGAUAGUUCCGGGCUGAGAGCUGUGGAUGAAGUCCCAGUGUGUGAUGAUGAUGAAGCUAAAAUGGGUUUUUUAAGUGAGAGUAGCCAGGACCCUGACUGCAGCCGUGACAGUGUGUUUCAUAAUGAGGUGACACCGAAUUCCACGUUCGUCACAGACAGUGCGGACGUGUCGUUCACGUAUUACAGCCAGACGGACGUACAUGCUGGGAUUGGAGACGAUUUAUUGGAGAGGUCGUUAAGAACAUACGAGAUCCCGAAGAAUUCGAGCGAAAGUUUUGUCACUGAUGGCGAAGUCAUGAAUACGGCGUUUGUCGAUUCCGAUAUCUACGACAGAUCGUCCUCUCCCCUGAGGAAGGUGUUCGAGGUGUGCACGGAGUCCCCCAUCAGGAGGACAGGGUCCAGCCCAAACGAAUCCGUCUGUGACGCGGACUCGCCGUUUGUGAAGAAAAUUAACGUAAUAUCGAUGUCCCAGACGGUGCACAGCGGCGGCAUCAAGUACUGGCUGUCCUUCGACGACAAUUUAAUUAUCGAGAAGCCUUCACCGAAGUCGACCAAAAAAUUCUCUGACAACAAGACACCCAGCUUCCUGGUUGUGGAUUACGAUAGGAAGACUGACUUCGUGGAAAAAUGCUCUAGCAUAUUGACGGACAGCAGGUGUUUAGACGAGGCCGACGCCAGCACCUCCAAUUACAACACCUGCGAGAGUUCAAGGUUCGAUUCCACCACCGAAAAGUAUAUCUACAGUUCCAGGUCCAGGAGCAAUAAAAUACUGCACUCCACCUGGCCACCGUACGACGACACGCUGUUCUAUAGAAUUAUAUCCAAGUUCAGGCUCACGGAGAGUUUCGAUUUCAAUCAGCUGCAAAAGAGAUGCGGCAGCUUCUGACGCAGCUGGUUUAGCUUAGGGCUGGUUUUUAAUGCUGGGUGUUGUGUAACUUUUUAGUGUUGUACUCUGUUUGCUUUAGUUAUUCUAAGCUGUAAGCCAUAUUUGUAACCCGACACCGCUACUGUCGCAUGCUGUGUGUGUCUCAUCACUAUUAACUAAUAAACUAUUUUCUAACUGAUCUUGUUUGCUUUAACUCUUGGCUCGGACGGCAACAACACUAUAUUAAAGUACUGUUGUGUUUGUCCGUGUGUUCGUUUGCAUGCUCAGCUUUCGGUUGGUUCCGUGUACGGAGAUCAACGCUGAUGGGCGGAGGUGAGUACGGCUUUGUUGUUUUUUGUGUUUAUAAAGAGUGGAAAUGUUGAUUGUCCGAUUAUUAUCUGACCUACACAGUUGAAUGAAUAUACCGACUAUGGCCGAAUAUACCCGAAUAUGUCCGACUACGGCCGAACAUGUUCGAAUGCGACCGGCUAUGGCCGAAUAUAUACGAAUACGACCGGCUAUAAUCAUUUUUAUAUAAUAUAACUGGUUAACCUUUAGUAAUACGUGAUCCGACCUUUAACUUCACUUGUAAUCGGACAAUGUUCUUUCCACUCGAGCCUCGUGUUACCUCACACGCUGUUUCGACCUGCAUGUUGUUCGUCUCCCAGAGAUAAGUGCUGUAUCAUAUACAAGUCGUAUUUGUGUUCCUUUCACUUAUAUUAAUGUAUUAUUGUG